AUGACCAACUUGCGACAGAAACAAAUCAGUGCAAUCAAACAAAUGUUGAAUUUGAAUCAACCCCAAAGGAAAGUUGGUAAUUCAGAGCCUGUGUGGAAAAUCUUAGUGUAUGAUCGAGUUGGACAAGAUAUUAUAUCUCCCGUAAUUUCUGUAAAGGAGCUCCGAGAGCAGGGAGUCACUCUUUUCAUACAGUUGCACUCUGAUAGGGAUCCCAUACCUGAAGUACCAGCAGUGUAUUUUUGUGCACCAACUGAAGAGAAUUUGGGUCGUAUAAGUCAGGACUUCCAGAAAGGAACUUAUGACAGUUAUCAUCUUAAUUUUAUAUCCCCAAUAACUAGACAGAAACUGGAGGAUUUAGCAUCUGCAGCAAUAGCUGCAAAUUGUGUAGGUCAUAUUCAAAAGGUUUAUGACCAAUAUUUGAACUUCAUUUCAGUGGAAGAUGAUUUAUUUGUACUCAAACAUCAAAACAGUGAUAUAAUAUCAUAUUAUAAUAUAAAUAAAGGGGAUAUUAUAGAUACUGAAAUGGAAAAUAUAACAAACACAAUAGUUGACAGUUUAUUUUCAGUAUUUGUUACUCAUGGUACUGUUCCUAUUAUUAGGAGCCCUAAAGGAAAUGCAGCUGAAAUGGUUGCCAAAAAAUUAGAUAAGAAAUUGAGGGAAAACUUAUUUGAUACAAGAAAUAACUUGUUCAUUUCUGAUGCACAAUCAGGAAACUUCAACUUUCAAAGACCCAUUUUAAUAAUACUAGAUAGGAAUGUGGAUAUGGCAACUCCCUUGCAUCACACUUGGACAUACCAAGCAUUAGCACAUGAUUUGUUAGACUUAGCACUGAAUAGGGUAGUUAUAGAAGAAUCUACCCCAUCUGGAGGAGCAAGAGCUAAAAAUCGUGUAUGUGAAUUGGAUGUCAAAGAUAAAUUUUGGUCCACCUACAAGGGUAGUCCAUUUCCUACAGUAGCAGAAGCAAUCCAAGAAGAGCUAGAACAAUAUAAAUCAUCAGAAGAAGAAGUCAAGAGGCUCAGGAGUUCAAUGGGAAUGGAUGGUGAUAAUGAUAUAGCACUUUCAAUGGUUUCAGACAAUACAGCCAAAAUUACAUCAGCUGUUAAUUCCCUGCCUCAGCUAUUGGAAAAGAAAAGACUUAUUGAUAUGCACACUUCAGUAGCAACUUCUCUUCUGAAUAUCAUCAAGUCUAGGAAAUUGGACACAUUUUUUGAAUUGGAAGAAAAAAUUAUGAGCAAAGCACAAGCAGUUGAAAAAAACCUGAUGGAUAUUAUCACAGAUCCUGGAGCUGGGACAGCUGAAGAUAAGUUGAGAUUAUUCAUCAUUUAUUAUAUCUGUGUGCCUCAUCUUGCUGAAUCUGACCUUCAGAAGUAUGAAAAUGCUUUAACUGAGUCUGGCUGUGAUUUAUCCUCCCUGUCUUACAUCAAAAGAUGGAAGAGUUACACCAAAAUGGCAUCUGGACCAAAUAUUAAUCAAUAUGAAGGAGCAGGAACCAAGACAGUGAACAUGUUUUCAAAAUUAGUGUCCCAGGGCUCUAGUUUUGUGAUGGAAGGAGUUAAAAACUUGGUCAUCAAGAGACAUAAUCUGCCUGUUACCAAAAUUGUAGAUAAUCUCAUGGAAUUCAAAAACAGCUCAGAGAUGGAAGAUUAUCACUAUUUAGAUCCAAAACAGCUGAAAAUGACUGAAAUACCAAGAAAUAGAUCUCCAUUUCAAGAUGCAAUUGUUUUUGUUGUUGGUGGAGGGAACUAUAUUGAGUACCAAAAUUUGGUUGAUUAUGGAAAGGCAAAAACAACAACUGGUUCUAUCAAGAGAAUAUCCUAUGGUGCAACUACACUGAAUAAUGCAAAUCAGUUGAUGAAACAGUUAUCAUUACUGGGACAGGAAAUUUAA